GGAUAUUGGUGGAGGCAUGCCCACUAAGACUGCGAUGACUUUGGAGACCGCAGCACACAGCGCGGCACAACCUCAGAGAAUCUGCAUGUGGACGCCCCUGGCUCCUCCCGCAUGUCCAGUCACAACGGAGAGCUGCGGAUCCUGAGCGUCGACGGAAAAGGGGAGGGCCCACUGGCGGUGGACGGCCAUGACACCCUCCUCACUGCGUCCGGCGAGGAGGCCUUGACUUCGCCGUCCGCGGACCACAGCGCGGCCAAGAGCCUGGACCGCGGUGAGCCGCUCGGCCACCCCGAGGACCUUAUUGGGGCUCAGGGCGGCCCCAAGCGCCGGCCUCGUGUGUUGUCUGGCGAGGGUUUUCCCGACAAUACCAAGAUGACCAUCCAUAUGGUUACCCACACCAGCAAGAAGCCGUACGUGUGCGACCAAUGCAUGAAGCACUUCAGUACAAGCUUCAACCUAAAGAAACACAUGAGGACUCACUCCGGGGAGAAGCCCUACAGCUGUGACCAAUGCAUGACGCGCUUCGGUACAAGCUACAACCUGAAGAAACACAUGAGGACUCACUCCGGGGAGAAGCCCUACAGCUGUGACCAAUGCAUGACACGCUUCGGUACAAGCUACAACCUAAGGAUCCACAUGAAGACUCACACCGGGGAGAAGCCCUACAGCUGUGACCAAUGCAUGAAGCGCUUCAUUCAGAAUUCAAGCCUGAAGAUGCACAUGAGGACUCACUCCGCAGAGAGGGCCUACAGGUGUGACCAAUGCAUGAGGCGCUUCAGUACAAGCUACAGCCUGCAGUUCCACAUGAGGACUCACUCCGGGGAGAAGCCCUACAGGUGUGACCAAUGCAUGAAGCGCUUCAGACAGAACUCUGUCCUAAAGGACCACACGAGAACUCACUCCGGGGAGAAGCCCUUCGGGUGUGCCCAAUGCAUGAAGCGCUUCGGACGGAGCUCCACUCUGAAGAUCCACAUGAGGACUCACUCCGGGGAGAAGCCCUGCGUGUCUGCAGUGCAACGCCAGCUUCAGCGACCCUAGCAAUUUGCGUGUGCACAUGCUCAGGCACACAGGCAAAGGGGGGCUUGGACACGGGGCAACGUGACACUUUGAUUGACAGCUCUAUGUUUUAUUCGUUGAAGUGACUGUAGGUUUUUUUUCAUCAUGAUUAAAGACGCUUUCCAACUUUU